CAACUAAAAUUACCUGUUUCAGAGACUAGUUCUGUUAUUUUGAGUUAAAAUGGGAGAUUAUGAAAAGAUAGCUGAAUAUUUUGUGAUUGCUGGACUCACAGAGAGUUCUCUGCCUUUGGAUGAAGAUUUAGCUUUUCCGAAUGCGCAACACAAAUUAAGUGAUCAGCGAAAAGAUCCAAUUACAGAUAUUUGUGUGAUUGACAGAACACUUGAAGAAACUUGCCCACAAGACUUCACCUGCAUUGAAUUGACACCAACUGGAUUUCCAGCUGAUUUAAACCAUGGAAGUCUUACCGCCCACAAUAUAUUUUUAUGUUACAGAAGGGGAAAGGACAAACCACCUUUAAUAGACCUAGGGGUUUACUAUGAGGGUUUGGAAACAGUAAGAUCUGGUAUUUCUAUUCUGGAAACAACUCCUGCUGGCAGAUCAGGAAAUGUUAACAAUAAAAGUGGCAUGGGAAGUCAUCCUAUUUAUCUGACCUACAGAAGAGCAAAGGAAACUGCGCCACAAAACGCUCUUGCUGUCACAGAUAUUUGUAUCAUUCUGUCAAAUAAAGCUGAAAAGGCACCUUACGCCUUUUGUCAAAUAGAGAAAAAUCUAAACAAAGGAAUUAUCGGGUCAAAUGUUUUCCUUUGUUAUAAAAAGUCAAUGAGACAAGUGGAUUCCAUAGCAUUUAAAGCAGGUUUCAUCGGCCGGUACCCUGCUGAUGAUUCUGCCUCAUUUUUACUCCCUGAUUCUGUCCCUUUAUUCUGCUUACCCAUGGGUGCAACAAUAGAAUGUUGGUCAAGUAAAACGCGACACCCACUUCCAACUUUCUCAUCAUUUGUCCUCACAACCGAAACAUCAGAUAAGGUGUUUGGAGCUGUUGUAUCAUUCUAUGAGAGUUAUCCUGAAGAAAAACUCACAGACGAUCAGAAAUAUAAGCUUGGUAUCUUACGUGGGGACGGACAAAGGUCUAAAACCCCAAGAACCAUCCACACCAACAAAGCUAUCUGCUUGUUAUCAAGAUGGCCCAUGUUUUCUGCAUUUCGAGACUUCCUAAUGUAUCUUUAUCGUAUGACUGUAUCACCCAUUGCCCAUCAAGUACCAGUGGAAAGACACAUAGCACACUUCAUGCACAAUGUGCCUUUCCCAACCUCUCAAAGACCAAGAGUACAAUACCAGAUGUCUCCUAUGCACACAACAAUAAUCACAAGACCACAGAUAACACCAAUUCCAUUAAGUGGAGCAUCUUUCCUCGCUCUUCUGGACGAUUUGGGUCCAGAGAACACCCUAACGCUUCUCGUUCUCGCACUCACUGAGCAUAAGAUUGUCAUUCAUUCACUAAGACCUGCAGAAAUUACUUGUGUAGCAGAAGCAUUGAUUACUUUAUUGUUUCCAUUCAAAUGGCAAUGUACGUACGUCCCACUUUGCCCCCUGGAGAUGGGAUAUGUAAUGGAGGCUCCAUGUCCAUUCAUAGUAGGGGUGGAUUCAAGAUAUUUUGACAUCUAUGAACCACCAUCUGAUGUUGCUUGUGUGAACUUGGACACAAAUAGCAUUACAAUGAUGGAGGAAAAGAAGAGCAUUAGUUGGAAGCUUCUUCCAAAGAAACCAGCCAAGCUCCUUAAAUCAACUCUUCAAAAAUACUUUAAGGAGGUAAAGGAGUGCCCACGGGAGGAUUCAAAUGGAGGGACGAUGAUGUCGCUUCAAGAUCCUGAUAUUUCAAGGACAGAGCGCCACCGAAAGAUAGACCUUGCGAUACAAGAAGCCGUAUUGAAACUCACUACAUCGAUGAUGAAAGGUUAUCGCCAGUUUCUCCUCCCAAUUACUGAGGCUCCUAACUCUGGUACAACUGACCCAUCUUCACUAUUUAAUAUACAAGAAUUUGUUCGCUCCCGUGAAAGAUCCAGUCAGCGCUUCUUCAAUUCCCUCGUUGGAACUCAGCUCUUCUCUUCUUUCAUCGAGGAGCGAUGUUUAACAUCCUCCACUGGUAUGUCGGAUGGGAUCUCGGGAAGAUCAGGAAGUCUCGUCUUCUUUGAUGAAUGUAUAGAUCGUCUCACACCAGACCAUGAUCACGUACAUCUCAUUGAAACAGAUUCACAAAUAAGCGACCAUACUGUUAUGAUCAUGCCACCUGAUGAAAAGGGACUCCCACCUGGAGUGGGGUACCAAUACACCACAUUUCCUGACCUAACGGAUGAGUUGUUCAUCCUUAAUGAUGAAGAUGCGGGGAUGAACAACGACGGCUCCACACGGAGCAGGAGGAAGUCUGAGACCUUCACGUUUGGACAUCGAACAAAGCAAGAAUUAAGGACAAUGCAAAAGUUGUCCAAGUUCCACAGCGGUGAUCCCCAACUUUGGGCCAGAUUACUAAUGAGCCAUACAUAUGGUGCAUGGUUUGCCUGCUUACCUGCUUUUGUCAUUGAAUGUCGUCACAAAUCUGCUGCAUUACGAACUGCACAUGAUGCCCUGCAUAGUCUAAAGGACAAAAACUGCAUUCCUUUACCUGAUGAAACAUACUACAGGAUGCUCCUACACUUAUGUUCUGUAUACAACAAGCCAGCUCUUGCUGUGAGAGUGUUUCAGUUCGUACGAAAGACUGGGAUCCAAUUAAGCGCGAUAACCUAUGGACUUUAUAAUAAAGCUGUGUUGGAAGGGACAUGGCCAUCUUCUAAUAGGGAUGGGUAUAUGCUGUGGUUAAAACUCCGAAACGUAUUUCUUGCCACGAGGAAAUUCCGUUACGGUCUUCGUCGUUACUCCAAGAUGGCUGGGUCAGAUGCCAGCUCCGAUCUCGAUUCUACGAGCCAUGCGAGCGUGGAGAGCAACCACACGAUGUCUCAUCCUCCUCCUGUUCCGGAUGUUCGUGUGGAGGAGCCGGAUCAUCCUCCACAGAAGACACAAGAAGUAAGAUUACAAUCGAUCACAAAUGAAGAAGAUUGUAAAAGCACCGCCUACUUAGGUGGACAAAGUGACCACGGAUACAACUCGAUGCCUAAAGAACAAAUAAGACGAGGUUCUCCACACAAAGGAUUAAAAGUUACACAAAGUGUAAAGGCAACCCUUACUGAAGAACAACCACAAAUUCAAGACCAAAAGCCUCCUGUAUCCCCCUCUAUAUCCCUCCAUAACUCCAACAACAUGGGUAGAAGUGUGAAGCCACCCAAUACACUAGAUAUCCCUGGACCCCACGGGGAUAGGAUUAUUGAGCAACAUACUGAUCCCGGGUUAAGAAGCGAUGAAACUUUAGUGAAUGGAGAAGCAGGAGACCCCAUGGCUGUGCUGCAUAUGGGGAAUAAAAGUGCAUCAGGAGAGGUGAUCGGACACCGACCUCGUUCUAUCCCAGUGUCCCCAGCUCUACAUCGUAAACCAGGCCACAGCAGCUUCAUGUUCAAGUCGAUUGGAAGCACUGGAAGCACUGGUGGUGCGUCCGGUGACUCAAACACAGCAUGCCAAGAUAAACAACCGACUAACAACCCUAAUGAAAAUCUUUCUUCUAACAAAACUAACGUUAUGCAUGGCAGCAAUGGUAGUAAAAGCACAGAAUGUAGUGUCCAAUUAACUACUAAUCAACUUUCUCCAAUCAACAAUCAAUCCAAUAAAGGUCUUCCAUUAACCCCUGGUUUGUCUGGUCAAGUUGCCGAUGAUGUUUUCGAAGGAAAAGAAACUUCUGAUGAGGACGUGCACAAAACUCAAGUUUCUAAAACCUCACCGAAACUUGUGAAUGGGGCAGCGAAAACCCCUGGUGCUUCCCCUGCUACACCAGAACUCACAAACCUCUUUGGAGGAGACGCUAAGUUUCUCUCGAGCCUCAGUGAUUCGGAUCAGCUCCGAUACCAAGAGCUCUGCUCCCACAGGAGUCCCAGCAUCAAUGAGUCUUCUGAUCUCCCAAGGAGUCCAAGAUACGCCUCCCUUUCAACAUCCAGGACAUCAAGAGGAAGAGCAAGCACAUCUUUGUUCCCAGGUGGUAGCAAUGCAGGGGGCAUUAGCCCACUUAUCGGGCAAAAGUUUUUGUUGGAAAACAAACAGUUUGCGGCAAACCGAAGCAACUUUGAUAAUUUGACGGCUGACGAUAUAAUGUCACCGGGUAAUUCUCCAUCUCAUACAGGGAAGACAAGCAGCAUCCUUGCGAGGAAGAACCGAUCACCGAGUCGGUUAAUUGCUUCGUCACCAUCGCCACGGAAACGAUCACAAACAACGCGCGUCAUUGGUAGUAACUCACUGGUUGUAGUAGAUGGUGUAGCAAUGCUUACAAGCACUCCGUUGCGCCCUGUUGUUGAAACUACAGCUCCUACAGACCCAUUGUCCGCCACCGAUUCGAGCAACGCUGGAAAUCCAACUUCACUUACUCGUAAAACAUCUGCUCCAAACCUUAACAAACAAAGAGUGGAGAGACAGGACAUCAGCCACCUUGCAACUGACCCACUGUCGCCUUACUCUAAAGGAACUUCUCCUGAAGUUGUGGAAUCUGUACCAGUACCAGGAAUUUCUAUGAGUCGUUCCACAAACAGUUUAAGUCGCCACCUCGUUGAUGAAAUUGAAGACUAUUUGAAGCGAGACGAGCUGGUUCGAUGUUCCUCGGAUGCCACUCUCAUCGCUCAUCAGAUGGAGAGGGUGGAAAAGAUAAAGAAUGAAAUUAAUGCUUUACCAGAGGUGUUGAAUGAAGAUGGAGAAUCAAGUCCGAACACUCAGCGUAAAAAUGAAAAUAUGGGUUUAGUCAGAUCCAACACUUUCCACAACGAUCAAUCCACCCCCUCUAAUACUUGGUUCAGUUCAGGCUCAAAAUUCAACAGUUUAUUGAAAGCCACCACAGUUGGCAUGGCAACCAAAGCAAAGAAGGUCGCCUCCAAUCUCGCCAAGGAUCUAAAUGAAACUAUGCAAGCAAGUCUGGCAUACUAUACACCAGAAAAAAUCAAAGGUUCAUUAACAGACUUAACUGGUAAUUCCCAAGAAGACAUCAGACCAUCAAAUGAAGAACCAUCAGCUAAGCGGAAUCUUGAGGCCAAAGGAUUUGAUCUUUACAGCAGUCAAUCGAGUCUAAGGAGCAGUGAUAGCUUACACAGUGCAAUAGAUUCAAAACCGGGUGAUCGAGUGAAACGGCGACCUGGUGGUAAACAUCGACCACAGAAACUUGAACGACCUCUCAGUAUGCCACAGUUUGAUUCUGGAAGUGGAAACAUUCCUCCUCUUGCGUCAUCUUAUCUUUCCAUCCCCGGCGUAAAUUCAACCGAUCCCAACAUCACGUCAUCCAUGACUUCUUUAAACAAUAAAGGCACAUCAGAUGUUGAAGUAACGAUCAGCAGUUGUUCAAAGUGCCAUAAAUGCGGAAGUCUUGUUUAUGAUGAAGAAAUAAUGGCUGGGUGGAUUGCUGAUGAAUCAAGUCUGAAUACUCAUUGUCCUUUCUGUAACUCUCUAUUUGUGCCAUUCCUUAACAUUGAGAUAAAGGAUUUCCGGCAGUCCGAGUCCAACAAAUUCCACGCUUCAAAUUUCCUCUCAACCUCACAUGAGAAGAUAUCGGACUCUACAAAUAAAACCACAGAAUCUCUUUCACCAGUUGCUGAAGGCUAUGCCGGUUCAUUUGUCCUCCCCCUCACACCAGAUGCUACAAUACAGAGCCCGGACUUGCAGCAAAAUCAAGCUGCUGAUAAGUCAUGUGUUGAACAAUCAGAACAGAAACCACAACUAAUGCCCACACCCCCCAACACACCACUACUGAUUGAUAUCGGGACCACCGACACCCAAACCACCCCCACUACACCAACAAACAGUAAUUUUAACUCGUUGCCAAAGGAUUUAAACCCAACUCCAUCAUCAAGUGAUAACCCCCCUCAUUCUCCAUUAUCAAACAAAUCUUCCGCUACAGAGUCAUCACAGGAAAGCCACAGUGCAGGGAUGAGCCUCGGGGACAGCCAGUCUGAGUUAAACGGGCCAUCUGUAUCUCAGAUACUUGAACCAGUGACCGUUCCCUACCUAAGUUCACUUGUUUUGCGAAAAGAAUUGGAAAAUCUGCUUGAAAACGAAGGAACAAAAGUCUUACUGGAGCCUGGUUUCGUUGACCAUCAUCCUAUUAUAUAUUGGAACUUGGUUUGGUGCUUCAGGCGAUUAAAUCUUCACUCGAAUCUUUACAAGAUUUUACUUCGAUCGCAACUUCUGCAACAAAAUUCAAAGGUCCCCCCCAACAAAAAGGACAAUGUUGUCAUACACCUGAUGUGGGAUAACCUUAAACUACAUUUGGAUGGAGACAAACCACCUUUGUAUUGUGCCUGGCAUCAAAUAAUGACGAAUGGUCCAAGUGAAGAAUAUCAAUCGUACUCCCAAUCUUUCCUCUCCGAUAUAAAGGAAAGCAUCAUGCAGGAUGAUGUGUUGGGUCCAUUAGUUGCGGUGCUAAACGAACUGAAUGUUCAACGUGGGAUCCGCAGAAGUGCUUAUCGGGAAAUUCUCUACUUCAUUAUUGUAGCUCUUGGGAAAGCUUCAAUCGACACAAUUGCAUUUGACCGUGAAUAUCGUCGAGCGUUCGAACUUCUCAGUCCUGCAGAGCGUGCCCUCACUCAUAAAUGCGACCGUCCACCAAAUGAUCACGCAAUUGACUGCCGUGAAAUAUUUGGUGAACUCGACCUUUAUAAAUAAAAUAGCACGCCAAUAUUAUGUUGUAACAAUCGUCACUGUGACGUUUAAGGGUGCUAUAGUGGUUGCGUAUAGCUUUACAUUCACAAGUUGCAAGCUUUUUAUUAUUUGUAUGUUAAAGGGUUUUACCGUCGUCUAAAUGCGUACAAUGUUAUAAACAAACGUUGUAUGAAUUUGCAAUGUGUUCGUAUUGUUUAAUGUGCUUUUGUAACUUUAAAUUGCCGUCUCAACUAAGUCGUGCACAAUUUUGCAAAAAUAUGCAAGAACAAACAAAGAAAUCAGCUUUGUGUUUAUUUCUUUGCUAGUUUUUCAUAACAUUUAAAUAUUGUUAACCAAAAUGUCCUAUUAUCGUCAAAUAACGUUGUAUAUGUUGAUUUUAUUUCAGUAACUGCCAUAUUUUUAAUUGAAACCUUAAAUUUUGAGUCAAUUUGGUUGACACAGUCGUGGUAAAGCUGCUUUUGCAUGAUAUAUUUAAUAAACGCUUAUCAUGAUCGUG